CCAUUAUUUAUUCAAAGUUUCAAACCAUUACAAAAGAACAGAAAGCCCCCACACGAAGUCUUAUUUAUUUCUCAUAAUUUUCACAAUAUUAUCAUCACACGGAAACAGAUAGAAACCCAGUAGAUUCUUCUUUUUGAGAAUUUUUUUUAAAAAUGUAUCAUCGACAGAAACAGAGUCCCAUGACUAGCUCUGCCGUUUUCUUAAUCAUUAUCUCCACCGUUUGCUUUUCCUCCGGAGGCGUCUCUGCUUUGGGAGUAAACUGGGGAACAAUGUCGAGUCAUCAGCUGCCACCAAAGACGGUGGUGCGUAUGCUUACAGACAACAACAUAAAGAAAGUUAAGCUGUUUGAUGCCGACACAGACACGAUGGGAGCUCUCGCCGGCUCAGGCGUCGAAGUAAUGGUGGCCAUCCCAAAUGAUCUGCUCCAAGCCAUGGGAACCUAUCAAAGAGCUAAAGAUUGGGUCCAACGAAACGUCUCUAGGUUCAACUUCAACGACGGCGUUAAGAUCAAAUAUGUUGCCGUAGGGAACGAGCCAUUCUUGACAUCAUACAACGGAUCAUUCAUAAACCUAACGUAUCCAGCACUCGUCAACAUCCAAACCGCUUUAAACGAAGCCGGAAUCGGAGAUUACAUCAAAGCCACCGUUCCCUUAAACGCCGACGUUUACAACUCUCCCCCGGACAACCAAGUCCCAUCCGCAGGAAGAUUCCGUUCCGACAUCCUCCAAGAAAUGACAGACAUCGUCAACUUCCUCGCACAGAACAAAGCACCCUUCACCGUCAACAUAUACCCUUUCUUGAGUCUCUACCUAAGCAGCGACUUCCCUUUCGAGUACGCUUUCUUCGACGGUCAAAACACCGUUAACGAUAACGGCGUUAUCUACACAAACGUCUUCGACGCUAGCUUCGACACUCUUUUAGCGUCUUUAAACGCGUUGAAUCACGGCGAUAUGGAGGUGAUCGUUGGAGAAGUCGGUUGGCCUACGGAUGGAGACAAGAACGCAAACGUUGCAAACGCGGAACGGUUUUAUUCCGGUUUGCUUCCCCGGUUAGCUAACAAUAUUGGUACUCCCAUGCGUAAAGGUUAUAUCGAGGUUUAUCUUUUCGGAUUUAUCGAUGAAGAUGCUAAAAGCGUUGCACCGGGCAACUUUGAACGUCACUGGGGGAUAUUCAAGUUCGAUGGACAACCUAAAUUCCCGGUUGAUUUACAAGGACAAGGUCAGAAGAAGUUUUUGACCGGAGCUCAAAACGUUCAGUACUUGCUAAACCAGUGGUGCAUGUUUAAUCCCAACGGUCGUGGCAAUAUCAGUAAGCUUGGUGAUAACAUAGAGUACGCGUGUUCGCUCUCGGAUUGUACUGCUUUGGGUUAUGGAUCUUCUUGUGGUAAUCUUGAUGCUAAUGGUAACGCUUCUUACGCGUUUAAUAUGUAUUUCCAAGUGCAAAACCAAGAAGCUCAAGCGUGUGAUUUCGAAGGGCUUGCAACGAUUACUACGCAGAAUAUUUCUCAAGGACAAUGCGUUUUUCCUAUACAGAUUGGAAAGCCAUCGUCUGGACAUUAUGAUUAUAGCUAUAGUUCCAUUGUUAGGUUUGGCUUGGUGAUGAGUGGCUUGAUGUUUCUUCUUAUGACAUAA